AUGGGUCAGGUACAGUCAGGGGGCCCCCCGGGGGCCCCCGAGGAAGAAGGAGCAGAGUAUGUUGCUGCAGCAGGAGCGUCUCUGGUGCUGCAGUUAGCUGCAGAUACACUAGAAGCAGCAGCAGCAGAUCCUGCUGCAGCUCUGGCUGCAGCAACAGCAGCACACCUAGGGGGCAGAACAGCAGCAACAACAGCCUCUGGAGACUCAGCAGCAGCAACAGCAGCAACAGCAACAGCAGCAGCAACAGCAGCGGCAAGCCCGUUCGAGGCCUCCCCUCCAGCGACAUAUCGUGCAGCAGCAGGCUUGCCGUUUGCUGCUGAUGCUGCUGCAGCACCUGACUCUUUCUCAGCACCCCGUGGAGCUGCAGCAGCAGCAGGUGCUGAUGAAGGAAACGACUCUAUAGAUGAUAUACACCGCGAGCUUAUCUGCUGCGUCUGCUGCGACUUGCUGCAGAAGCCUGUGUUGCUGCCGUGCGCAUUAAAAGCUAGAGAAGCCUGGGAGCGUGUCAAUGCUAUCGCUUCUGUUGCUGCACCCGCAGCAGCAGCAGCAGCAGCAGCAGAAGCAGAAGCAUCAACAGAAGCAGAAGGACGAGGAGAAGCAGCAACAGGAGCAUUAGCAGCAUCAAUAGCAGCAGCAGCAGCAGCAGAAGGCAAUGCUGAUGAAGAAGAAGAUCUAGCAGACAUAGAUGAAGGAACAGUAGCUGUCAACCCGGUUUGGCGGCGAAGGCCUUUACCUCCGCCUCUAAGGAGACAUUUAGGAGAUGAGCCCCCUGAGGAGACAGAUAUUAUAACUGAUACAUGGGGACAGCAGCUAGGAGAAGCAUAUGAUGCACGUGCAGCAGAGCUGCCGUUCUUAGAGACAUUCACACCAAGAUACAGCCUGCAGCAGCAGCAGCAGCAGCAGCAGCGGCAGCAGCAGCAGCAGCAGCAGCAGAUUUCAGCAGCAGAUUCGUCGCUCGCUGUUGACGCCGCUAGAAGUGCUUCUGAGGAAGCAAACUGGGCUAGCGAGAGAGCUGCUUCUGCUGCUGCUUCUGCUGCUGCUUCUGCUGCUGCUUCUGCUGCUUCUGCUGCUGCAGUUGCUGCUACUGCUGCGCUUGAUGCUCAGGAUACACAGGAGGCGCCUGUUGAUACAGAAGAAGAACAAACGGAGGGAUUAUAA